AUGGAAGCGAUCUGGCUGUACCAGUUCCGGCUGAUCGUGAUCGGAGACUCCACGGUGGGGAAGUCGUGCCUGAUCCGACGGUUCACCGAGGGCCGCUUCGCUCAGGUGUCCGACCCCACGGUGGGAGUGGACUUCUUCUCUCGUCUGGUGGAGAUCGAGCCCGGGAAGAGGAUCAAGCUGCAGAUCUGGGAUACGGCGGGACAGGAGCGCUUCAGGUCCAUAACCCGAGCGUACUACAGAAACUCUGUGGGGGGUCUGCUGCUGUUCGACAUCACAAACCGCAGAUCUUUCCAGAACGUCCACGACUGGUUAGAAGAGGCUCGCAGCCACGUGCAGCCCCAUAGCAUCGUGUUCCUGCUGGUGGGACACAAGUGUGACCUGGAGGCGCAGAGACAGGUGAGUCGUCAGGAGGCGGAGAAGCUGGCUGGAGCCUACGGGAUGCGGUACGUGGAAACCUCGGCCAGAGACGCCAUCAACGUGGAGCACGCCUUCACCGAACUCACCCGCGAGAUCUUUGCCCUGGUGCGGUCCGGAGACAUCACCAUCCAGGAGGGCUGGGAGGGCGUCAAGAGCGGCCUUGUCCCCAACGUCGUGCACUCGUCUGAGGAGGUGACCAAGAGCGACCGCCGCUGCCUCUGCUAA